UGAAUAUAUAAGAAGCAACAAUAAUAUUCAAUGUCUUUUAUUCAUACUGUAAUUUUCUCGGAUGGCAAAAGUUUCUAAUAACAACUAUAAUCGAAUUGAACUUGUUUCAUUUAUUAUCCUUUCUCGCCUUUUUCGCAACCUCGUUUCUCUCUUCCAUCAUAUGUUCUCGAGAAUGUUAUUUUCGAUAUUUUUAUCAUCCGAUAUUCGAUUCGAUUGCUUUACCAAGUGAUUCAUCAGUUAUCUGUUAUCGCCGAGAAUCAUUGAAAAAAAAUAGCGAUGAAAGAUUUGAAAUGAUCCGCGCUAGACGAUAGGUACUAGAAUUUUCCUCGACGAGCUGGUGAUAAUUAAUUUUCCAGAUUAUUCCCUCAAAUAGGAUCUUUUCUAGUAUACUUUACAAUCUUCUCUAUGAUAGGAGGAAGUUCUAGAAACAUAGUUGAAGUCGGUUAGAAUCUCGGGAACUACCAGAUGGCAGCACCGACGUGCUUCCUGGACAGCUACUUCGGGGUGAAAAUAAUCCCAGCACGUGACAUCCUAUCGGGGAACAGAAUGAAAAUAUUCUAACACUAAUUUAUAAACUAGGAAAUACUCUCCGUUGUACCGGUCUCACGCGUUUUAUUGGAUCAAGUUCGGUGAAUGCGCGCGCAUAUCGACGAAAGAAGUGCGUGACGCACAUCCGCCACUGACGAAGUCGAAAGUGGACGGCGGUAAAAAUCCUCCGAUGGAGCGACAGAUUCUCGGAUCCUCCGGUAUUAGGAUCAAUACCGUAUAUAUUCGGUGAUCCCAAUUCGACCGGAAAAAUCUAAAUGACUUUGCCGUUGGAUCGUGGAGCGAUUAACAUCGCCACACUUCGCUGUACUUUCGCGCCUGAAUCGAUAAUUAUUUGUCCCCUAUCGCCCUCUGACGGUAGCACAGCCCUGCGGCGGGUCGCCAUAUUGCGAACGAAAGAGAGGACGACGCAGUUCCGAGCGAGCUCACUUUCGUGGCAUUCGCAGUAUCGAUCGCCAUUGAGCUAGGGAGUUAACUGUGCUACUAGGCGGACUAGAGAAGGAUCUUCUCGAUCUCGAGACCGGCAUCCCCAGCGAGACACCAGAGAAAUAUCCGCUUCCAUUACGAGAAAAAACUAUUUAGUGAUUUUGCGCCGCGAUUUUGGGCGUUCUCAUGCCGCGCAGGCCGUUGGCCGGCGGAAUCACGUUCGAAUACUCGAGCAACAUGGAGAAAACGCCGACCAACGUCAACAGCCAGAGCACCAAGCUGUACAUACCGCGGCUGACGCCGACGGGAAAGAUCAGCCACGCCAAGACCCGAGUCUACACACAGCGCUACCGUAAAGAAUGGGAGAAUAUGUCAGAUUUCAAAGUUUUCAGAUCCGUCUCGUGGACUACUAACUGACCUGGUGAUGAUCAAGUCGUACCGCCCCUGAUUUUUCUCGAUAUUACCAUUGCAGCCUACUGGUAGGAGAAACCUGAGAGCGGCCAUACGGCCGUUCUCCAAGACACCAUCUUUGUCGAUACGCCGCCUGAGAAAGUGCUGCACGUAAACUAAGUUGGGUUUAAACAGAGAUCGACGAUCAAACCUGACCUAACGUAGUUCACAUGCACGUUCUCAGAAGGCGCGUCGAAAAGAUGGUUUCUUGAGAAACCUGAUUGAAUGGCCGUUUCUCUCUGCUACUGGCUGCCAUGUUGAUAGUGGUAUAUAACCGACCGGCUAGUGCUAACGUAGCAGAAUACGUUGGCUGGCUGACUUCGGUGCCGCUUCAGCCGACUCGUGCUUAUUGCAAGUACUGCAAAAAAGAUCUACACGCCCACCGGCUGUCCUUGUUGAAGCACACUUGCACGAUGAAACAUCAGCGCGCUGCUUUGUUGCUCAAUUCAGGUGGAAAGAUCAUGGAUAACGUUCGAACAGAAGAAGAGACUGAGGAAGUUGAGGAUGACAGCGAAUUUCUUGUCGAGAGAUUGGACUUGGAAGAUGACGACGCGAUGGAUACACAGGAUAAACUUGAAUCUGAAGAAGUAGGUGUAGAGGCAACUGAGGAGGAGAAAGAGACAAGUGACGAUAUUUGUUUACAGCUACACUUGUCGGAUGAAGACGAACAUAAGCCGGUGAUUAAGAAAAUCAAGCUGAACGAGAACAUGUCCCGCGACACACUGGCUGAGGCGAUGGCCCACGUCACCCAUGACGAGUACCUUGAGGUGGACAACGAUAACGAGCGCUUGGAGUUGGAUAUGGUGGUGGAAGAAGAGACGUCUAACACCGAAAUAGAGGUAAUAUUACCUGACACAAUCAAUGACGAGGCCAAAGAGAAGUCAAAGGAGCUCGAGAACAGAAGGGUUACUCGCCGUUCUCUCAAAGCCAUCGACAAGACCAAGCCAACAUCUAAAAUCCUUCAGGCAGACGGUAAGGGUGAUAUGAUAGUUGCAUCUUUGCCGGUAUUGGAAACGGCGUAUCAACUAAACAACACGAUAGUAUCGACUCACGAUGCCAACAUUAUUCAACCAGUCACAGCUGCGCAAAAUAGGACUAUUACUCUGACAUCUGGUGGCAAGACAUUGACAUUGACUGGCGGAACGUUCCAACCGGGUACGCAAUAUGUUCUGAGCAAAAUCAAAGGCGCCAAGCUGCCCACUCUGGUGGUGUCUGACAAGAAGCCCAUUGUUGCCGUAAACUCGCCUGACGUUAAUAAAACUGUUCAACUAACUACUGUGUUAGAGUCGACUUCUUCCACCAGCCAACAGGAUAAUAAGUCAUCCCCAAAAUCUACGCCGAAGAAACUGCGCAUUUCUACUCAAGUGAUGGACAUUACCAAGGGAGUUCCGAUUAACGGCCUGCAAGUUAGCCUCUACAAGCUAGUAGACGGCAGAUGGACUUUCAUGAAUGAAAGCAACACCAAUUCGAACGGACGCUGCGUAGAUUUAUUGGAUCACAGCACGAAGUCGGUCGGCAUGGGAGGCCGUUACAAGAUCCAUUUAGACGUGGACAAGUAUUUCACGCUGAGACGAAUAGAGACCAUGUAUCCGUUCAUCGAGGUUGUAUUUGACGUGAAGAAUCCGCUCAACCAUUAUCAUAUUCCCGUUCUGUUGAGCCCUUUCGGUUACAGCACAUAUCGUGGCUCUUAAAAAAGAUUUCUAAAGUUCGACAGUUGAUCUAGGAAACAAUCGUGCAAUGAGAUAUCUCAUUGUAAAAAAUUUCACUGUGUGCGUGUGAAUUAUUCUUUACAAAUAUGUAAGAAGAUGUUACACGAUUAGUGAUGCCAGAAGUCGGCCUCGGUAACAUGCGGUAGCAUACGUUUGGAAUGUACACGGCACACAUACAGGGCAGCUAUCCCCUCCAUAUGCUAUCGCAUGUUAAUACAAAAAACUAGAUGUUAGGUGUGCAAAUCCCGAAUCAUCAGUUUUAGUAUAUACUUGGGUUAUUCUAUUAAGUAUAUAUGUAUAUAUAUAGACAAUGUACACUCAAUAUUGUGCUAAUGAACAGUUUCAUUUUAAUUGGUACGGCGUAUAUAAUUGUAAAGUUUCCUUAGAUUAGGUUCUAAUCGUCUCAUUGAUGUUAGGUUAUUAGCUCAUUUUCUGAGACUAUACUUACAGCUUUUAUAGUUAUUGAAGUUGAUUCUUUUUGUUUUCUGCCAUUUUCUCUUGCGGAAAACAUUUUGAAAUUGAAUGAAAUUAUUGUGUUAACUUUCGCAGUAUUGGCUGUAACAAUAAAUUGGACUACAGGGUUUGUCCGGAAAGUAAUGCGUCGCAUUUUUUUGUGACGCGAGUAUACGUCCCUGAGCGGUCGGACCGGUUGGAGAGGGUGGGGGAAACCCGUAGCUUUCUAGCGGUAUGUCGCUCAAUUGCCUUCAUGCGCUUGGAGGAAUAGGACGGCUUGUUCCGAGAACUUCUGCGUA